AGUCAAGGUUGGAGAUUGUGGACAACAGUGUGAAACACAAUUUGCUUAUGGCAUAGUUCAGUCAGUUUCGACUUUGCCAGCGAUACGGAACCGGGUCGUUUGUGCUUAAGUAGUGCUUUGUACUGUUAACAACGCAAAGCUCCAUCGUAAUGAAACAAUGACGCUCCAGUACAACGAGCUUGACAACCUCACCUAUCUGCUUGAUGUUCAAGGUUUUCCUCAAGAAAUCCCGAACAUUUAUGAGUUUCAAGAGAGAGUAAUUACACAUUUAGACGUCGCGCCUAGCAGUAGUUCAUCGCAGUCUGGCUUUUCAGAUGAAUGCAUGUCUCCAGAAAUAAUGCCAAUGCAACAUCAACCAAGGUUACAAAUCGUGGACCAGCCUCAAAAAUUGUUCAGAUUCCGUUACAUCAAAGAAUCGACAAAACCACAUGGUCCUCUCAGAGGUGCAGCAUCUGAAAAUUCUUCAAGACAAUUGAAAACCGGGCCUAAAGUUCGGCUUCACAAUUUCAAUGGUGAGGCGAUUAUAAGAUGUUGGCUCACAAAUGUAAACACAAAGUGCGCCAGUCCACAUCAGCUCGUGGGGCAAACUGAAAAUGGAAAAAUUACAUAUGAGCCUCAUGAUAUUGUUGUCAACUCUGCGAACAAUUACACAGCAAGCUUUGAUAAACUGAACAUUAUUCAUGUCGUUUCCAAAAACAAGAGUUAUUGUAAGUAUUAUGAACAGAAAAAAAUGCACAUUUGUUCGGGGUUCAAAGCGCCAGCUCAAUUGAAUUUCAAUUAUGAAACCACAGUGAAAGAAAUUAAGUCGUUGGAAAAGAACAUGACAUCACUAUAUUUUCAAGUUUUUGUGAAAGAAAUGGGGCAGUAUAGACAAAUUGCCGAAACAAUAUCUGACCCAAUAAAGAACAAAAAAAAUCCAAAAACAAACAACUUAAGAAUUUGUCGAGCCUGUUCAGUGAAAGGCAGUUGUGAAGGUGGACAAGAAGUCUUCCUUUUUGUAGAAAAAGUAGUGAAAGCUAUCAAAAUAAGAUUUUUUGAAGAGGAUGAGGAAACAAAUGAAGAAAUAUGGAGUGCAUAUGCACAAUUUGAUCCUUUGGAUAUCCACCAUCAAGUUGCCAUUGCUAUAAGAACACCAAGGUACAAGAAUACAGAUAUCACUGAAGAAGUUAAAGUUUAUUUUCAACUUGAACGAGAAAGCGAUGGUGCAGUUAGCCCAAGAGUCACGUACUAUUACACGCCUUCUGAAAAUAGGCUUUACUCAGCAGACUCAGUUAGUAAGAAGAGGAAGAUAUGUUCUUUAGAAGCUGCAACAAACUUAAUACCAAUGUCAGUUGAAGAACAAAUGUUUGAUUUUAAUGACAGGCGACUUUUUUCACCACCUCAACAGACUAACCAAUCUUGCAUCUCCCUAGACUUGAAAGAUCUUGACCAAUAUAUAUUUUCUCACUUCAAUGAAAAAGAACUUCCAGAAAUCAACGAAUUUUUUUUAAAUACAAGCGAAAUUGCUGCAGAUUCCUUUGUAUCAAAUUCUCAAGUAAGUUCAAACAGCAACAAAUCUUCAAGUGAGGAAGAAGUGCAUCAUAAACUCAAAAAAUUGCUUCACCAGUCAAUAGAAGAAAACAAUAAAUUAUUGUUUAUGCAAAUUUUAUCAAAGUGUAUUGCUGAGAGAGUGUCCCUCGAAUCAAAAAACAGUUUGAACAAGACACCUCUUCAAAUGGCAGUGAUUAUGAGAAACAUAAAAUUAGUUCAAAUGCUUUUAAAAGCUGGUUGUAAUUGUGAAGCAUAUGAUGCAGACUAUAACACAGCAUUGCAUCUUGCUAUAAUCCAUUUUCCCGAGAGUGUGACUACAUUACUGAAACACGUUUCACCAGGUUUCCAAGAAAAGUGUAACAGAGAGGGUGAUAAUUUAUUAUUACUUGGUGCUAGAUUGAAUAACAUACAAUCUGUACAGCUGUUGGUUACAAACAAGUGGGACCCGAAUUUCCAAAAUUUACGAACUGGCGAUGCUGCACUUCACAUCGCUGCAAAACAUGGACAUGAAAAUAUUGUGGACUUAUUACUAAAGAAUGAAGCAGAGCCAAAUUAUCAAAACAGUGCAGGGUAUACGCCAUUCCACUAUGCUGCAAGUGCUGGAUUUGUUAAUAUUUUAAGAAGGCUUUUUGCAACUGGUAUUCAGAUAUCUGAACAUAAUACAGAAAAUAACAAUGAUGGAGACGAUACUCAUAAUAAGAUUCUGAAAGGCCCAAACAUUUUUGAUUUGGCAGCAAACAAGGAUAUUGAACAAUACCUUCAAACUUACACUGUUGGAAAUGAACGUUCACUAAACAAAAAUCAAGAUCUAAACUGCCUAGAAGAUGAACAAAAUGUGCUGUCAUUCAUAGACAGCCAUCCUGAAGUUGCUUGUGAGCUUGCAGAAAAAAUGGGGUUGGAACAUUUAGUCCCGGUGAUACAAUGCACAGAGAAAGAAUCAGUGACCAAACCAACACAUAUAUUAAUUAAAGGCUGUGAGGAUGAAACAACGGAUCCUGUUGCUUUAAUCAUGGAGACAUUUUCCGAAUUCCAGAUAAAUUCAUGAAAUGUUUGAUAAUUUAUAAUCGUUUACAAUAUAAAUUUAAAUUCCUAACACGA